AUGCGGGCUGAGAGCGUUGGUAGUAGGUCGCCAGCGUUGGGGAGUAGCGCGCGUGUGGUCCCCCAACCUAUACAGCUCUGCCAGGACGCCUUCCACUUCAAGCAGUCUCUCUAUAGUCCUCGUGUCCCUUCGCCUCCCCUUGGGCCAUCCUUCUCCCCUUCACCCCCCUCAGGCUCUCCUCUCCCUUACCUCCCUCCGCUUCACCCCUCGCCUGUUCCUCGGACCUCUCCUCUCCCUCGCCUGCCUCUCCAGUCCUUCAUUCUGUCCCUCGCCUGUCCCGCGUCUCCUACCGGCGCCUUCCUCACCAGCCCUGCCUUCCGCUCCCCCAGUCCCUCAUAUCCCUCACCGGUCUCUCAGGCCCUGCGUGUAUCCUUCACCUGCUUCUCCAGGCCCCUCUUGUUUCUCCCCGGCUCCUCUCGUGCCCCACCUGCUCCUUCACCCCCACUUGUCCCAGGAGCCCAGAGGCGUCGUGGGACGUGCCCGAGGCUAAGCGACGCAUUCAGUCGGCGAGGCAGGGUCGGGGCCGCGCCUCCCCGGAGGAAGAGGCUGAGCCCACAGAUUGUAUUUCAAGCCUAAACUUUGCGCAUCCGCCCUGGCCUUUCUUUGUAAGUUUAUGGGAGUAUGCAAGCAAUAUAUAUUUGUUUACAUUCACAUGUCUGUUUUAAAGAGCGCGGCCAUGCAAAACCCCUUUGGUUGUUUGAUCGUUGCAGAUGUAGUGUUAAAAUAGGGAAAUGGGGUUUCCCGUGAUUGGACGUGACACUCAAAAUAGCGCGGCGGUGUUUCUCGCGGCGAACUCUUCAUGAUGGGGAUGCGAGUGGCCUUGCAAGCAGACCGUCCCGAGCACUGCUUCGCCUCCCCCUGCGUGCCCCCGGUGGUGAGCACAGCCCUGUUCCUAGAGCGUAGAUGCGGGCGCGUUGGAGGAACCGCAAUGGGAAGCUUCGGCGCAAGGCGGCGCUGAACGGCGUGCGUGUGAGGGCCGAGGCUGAGCCGGAGGAAGACCAUGU